CUGACCGGACUUGCGCGGUGUACGACAGAGCGCGAGCGCCAGCGGCACACUGUAACCGUAGGAGAAGAGCGUACGGGGCACGAGUCGGAGUGUGACCGGGUUGUGGCAUGAAUCUGAGACAUGAAACGCGGUGAGCUGCUGAACCGAAGCGCGUCGUGACUCGGGCAGCUCGGAGAUGCGGAGCCAUCGGUGUUCAGCUCACUCGUGUUAUUUGUGUUAUUUGACUGUUUGCUUAACUCGGUGUCCUGGAUCUCUCAGUCACACCCUGUGUGUGUUCAGACCAAGCUGCUACCCUCAGCUCUGUAAACAGGGUUAAAUGCUGGACCUGGCUGAGGAAGGCAGCACUGCAAAACCACCAGGAAGCCAAGCAGGAUGUCUUGGGUCAGUGGCUUUUUAGUCACACGUGCCGACGAGCACAAGACGGCGUGGGGCGAGCGCAAUGGCCGUAAGCGGUGGCGUAAGAGGGACUGGCGCCAGCGCUACAUGAGCUGCCUGGCCGACCCUGAAGCCGCCGAAGCUCCGCCCCACACGGGAGCCGGUGCCGGCGCGAGCACCUUCAGCACACGCUGUGUCUGGCAAGAGGACCACUAUGGGAAGAAAGGAGAGCUAGCCAUCGAGGAUGGUGAAUCCAAGAGGAUGAAGGAAGAAGAGGAGGACGAGAAGGAAGAGGACAGGGAAGUGGGCACGGCUGUUUUAGGAUGCCUGUGGCAGCUCGCGCAUGUUUUCCAGUCCAAGCAGUUCGAGUCGGCCAAACUGGAGCGCCUCUACCAGCGCUAUUUCUUCCGGUUGAACCAGAGCUCUCUGACCAUGCUCAUGGGUGUGCUUGUGCUCGUGUGUGGCCUCAUGCUGACAUUUCACUGUGUGUACAGGACUCAGGACGUAAAUGUCAUCUACGUGUCGGUACUUUGUGUAGCAAUGGCACUCUUCCUGGCCAUGAUGGUGGUGUGUAACCGCACCGGCUUCCACCAGGACUGCAUGUGGAUAGUGAGCUACCUAGUGGUGGCGGUCCUGGUGGUGGUGCAGGCGUUCGGCGUCUUCAUGGUGGAACCUCGCAGUGCCUCCGAGGGCGUCUGGACUUCAGUGUUUUUCGUCUAUAUCAUUUACACGCUGCUGCCCGUGCGCAUGACAGCAGCGGUGCUGUGCGGAAUGGCGCUCUCCUCCAUCCACCUGAUCACAGCCUGGCAACUCAACCAGGAGGACAGCUUCCUCUGGAAGCAGUUAUGUGCAAAUGGACUGAUUUUCCUUUGCACCAACAUCAUUGGGAUCUGUACACACUACCCAUCUGAAGUGUCCCAGAGACAAGCCUUUAAAGAGACCAGAGGCUACAUCCAGGCCCGAAUCCACCUACAAAGAGAGAACCAGCAGCAGGAGCGCCUUCUGCUUUCGGUGCUGCCCCGACACGUUGCCAUGGAGAUGAAGGAAAAUAUUAACGCCAAGAAGGAAGAUAUGAUGUUCCACAAGAUCUACAUACAGAAACACGACAACGUCAGCAUCCUCUUUGCAGACAUCGAAGGCUUCACGAGUUUGGCGUCGCAGUGCACGGCGCAGGAGCUGGUGAUGACACUUAAUGAACUGUUUGCUCGUUUUGACAAAUUAGCCUGGGAGAACCACUGUCUCAGGAUAAAGAUCCUGGGCGAUUGUUACUACUGCGUGUCUGGCUUGCCUGAGCCGAGAGCUGAUCACGCUCACUGCUGUGUCGAGAUGGGCGUGGACAUGAUAGAGGCCAUCUCUUUGGUGAGAGAAAUCACCGGGGUCAACGUGAACAUGCGGGUGGGGAUCCACAGCGGGCGUGUGCACUGCGGGGUUCUGGGACUGCGCAAGUGGCAGUUUGAUGUCUGGUCCAAUGACGUCACACUGGCCAACCAGAUGGAGGCUGGAGGCAAAGCAGGACGUAUCCACAUCACUAAAGCUACCCUGCAGUAUUUGAACGGAGACUACGAGGUGGAGCCAGGCUUUGGCGGAGAGAGGAACGCCUACCUCAAAGACAACAAUAUCGAGACCUUCCUGGUGCUCGGCUGCAGCCAAAAAAGGAAGGAAGAAAAAGCCGUGAUGGCUAAGCUGCAACGUGCCAGAGCAAACUCAUGUGAUGGGUUAAUGCCCCGCUGGGCUCCUGACAGAUCCUUCUCCAGGACCAAAGACUCCAAAGUUUUCAGGCAGAUGGGCAUUGAUGAAGCCUCAAGCAAAGACAACCGAAGUGCUCAGGAGGCCCUGAACCCUGAGGACGAGGUAGACGAGUUUUUGGGACGUGCCAUCGACGCUCGCAGCAUCGACCAGCUACGCAAGGACCACGUCAAAAAGUUCCUGCUCAGGUUUCAGACGCCGUUGCUGGAAAAAAAGUACUCUAAGAAGGUGGACGAUCGAUUCGGGGGUUAUGUGGCCUGUACUCUGGUGGUGUUUUGCUUCAUCUGCUUUAUUCAGAUCAUCGUUUUUCCACACACGACACUUAUGCUUGGCAUCUUCAUCAGUAUCUUUCUAAUCCUUGCCAACAUCCUCUUCGUCUGUGCCAUCUACUCGUGUAUUAAGCUCUUCCCUGUGGUCUUGCAAACAGUGUCAAAGAAGAUAGUCGAGUCUCGCACUAACAGCACGUUAGUAGGAAUCUUCACCAUCCUGCUUCUGUACCUCUCAGCGUUUGCCAACAUGUUUACAUGCGAGAAGGAGGACCUGAUUCAGUGUGUAGCACAGGACCAGAACAUCAGCGAGGGCGCCGUGACACUGUGUAUCCUGCACAACCUGACCCACACAGCAGACGACACUCUCACACUCUGCCCCAACCACAAAAUACCGUGUCCUUUCCCUGAGUAUUUCACCUACAGUGUGCUGCUGACUCUGCUGGCCUGCUCUGUCUUUCUGCACAUCAGCAGUAUAGGCAAGCUGGCAUUAAUGCUGCUCAUUCAGCUCAGCUUCCUGCUGCUGGUCGAGUGGCCUCUCGUGGUGCUGUUCGAUAACGCCGACCUGCUGGUGUCCGCCAACGCACUGUCUGGUUUCAAUAAAACAGAGGCUUGCUCUGAGCCUUACUCAAGCAAGGUGCCGCUGAAGAUGAUGACUCCUGUAAUCCUCACCGUAUUUGUGCUGGCGCUGUAUCUGCACGCACAGCAGGUCGAAUCCACCGCACGCCUCGACUUCCUGUGGAAGCUGCAGGCUACAGAAGAGAAAGAGGAGAUGGAGGAGCUGCAAGCCUAUAACCGUCGUCUUCUUCAUAACAUCCUGCCGAAAGACGUGGCUGCCCACUUCCUGGCCCGAGAGCGCCGCAACGACGAGCUUUACUACCAGUCAUGUGAGUGCGUGGCUGUGAUGUUCGCCUCGAUCAGUAACUUCUCCGAGUUCUACACGGAGCUGGAGGCCAAUAACGAGGGCGUGGAGUGCUUGAGACUGCUCAACGAGAUCAUCGCAGACUUUGAUGAGAUCAUCAGUGAAGAUCAGUUCAAGCAGCUAGAGAAGAUCAAAACGAUAGGAAGCACGUACAUGGCGGCGUCGGGCCUGAACGACUCGACGUUCGACAGAGAGGGCCGCUCGCACAUCUUGGCACUAGCUGACUACGCCAUGAGGCUACGGGAGCAGAUGAAGUACAUCAACGAGCACUCGUUCAACAACUUCCAAAUGAAGAUUGGGCUGAACAUCGGGCCCGUGGUCGCUGGAGUGAUCGGAGCUAGAAAGCCGCAGUACGACAUCUGGGGAAACACGGUCAACGUGGCGAGUCGCAUGGACAGUACAGGAGUACCUGAUCGCAUCCAGGUGACCACUGAUCUGUACCACGAGUUAGCCAGCAAAGGAUACCAGCUGGAGUGCCGCGGCCUCGUCAAAGUCAAGGGGAAAGGAGACAUGACCACUUACUUUCUCAACAGUGGCCCUUCAAGCAGUUAACACUGACCACACGCCUCCAGUUGCACUGAAGUGAACAGAGAUGAAACUCUGAAUGGAACGUCAAGCGCACUUUUUUUUUUUGUUGUUGUUGUUGUUUUUGUUUUUUUUUGGUUUUUUUUGCCAGUUUGGAGUAUAACCACUGAAGGGCUCGGAGCUGAGUCACGUAACGGAGGUGUUGAAUACAUGCACACACUGAGAAUAUGUUCUCAUUCUUAGCUGCUCUCACAGACCGUCCGACCGAGUGAGCUGUCUAAGAGCCGUGGCCUUAGAUGGAAACCAGAAGGAUCUGCUUUUAAAUUUUUCUUUUUCUUUUCUUUUUUUGGACCGAUUUUUUUAAAGAAAAACUUUAAUGACGAAAAAAAAUGCACAAACACACAUAUAUGCAAGGAUGAAGUAAGAAUGCAGAUGACCAAAGAACAAAAAUGUUUGAUAUAGGAACACUACAUAUGUUUCAUAUGUCUGAACUAUUGCCAGUUGACAGAUUGACUGAUAUAUAUAUAUAUAUAUUAUUAUUUUUUUUUUUUUUUUAAUGAUUGUCGACACGACCACACAUUUUGUUCUCUGAUGCAAUUAAGACUCUUUCUUGCCAUGUACAAUGAAGGCUUCAGACACCAGAGAGGGAUUUAAAAUAACUUUUAUUCAUGGCUUAUUGGUACAUUUUUAUAGUGUUUUUGGGGAACCAUGACGUGAAGAAACUAUAUGAAGGACAAACAUUGACAUUGGGCAUGGGAAAAUGUAUUUUAUUGUUUAUGUUGUCGUAAGUUAAAUACGUGUGGAUGCGUGAGGCAGAGCGAGCAAGCGUGAAUCCAUCGUCAUCUUUAAAGGGCAUAACUUGUCACUGUGAGAUUUAUAUAAUCUAUGUGCAAUUACUUUAUUGCCAAAUCGACUGCUCCCAGGCAUGUCUGACUUUCAUUAUCGAUAUUUCGUUCUCUGUCCAUUCCUCGUAAAUGAGUUCGUUUCCUUUUGUCUUCUUCUUGAAUUCCUUCCUCGUUCCGUUCGAAGAGAAAAUAGCUAUGUUGCCGCAGCGCUGUUUUUUAUCGCUUAACACACUUUUUGACCCUUUUGAUUAAAAAAAAAACAAAAACAAAAAGGUUUCAGUCUACAGCAGGGGGUGAUAAACUCAUUUUAGGUCAUUACACAUAGUCCAGUAACCAACACAGUUUGCUGACCAAUAAUACAUCCACUCCUCUUCAGUGUAUUUAUCUGUAAGCUACGAAUGGAUUCGACGUACAAAACAAAUGCAGUUCAAUACCGUUGACAGAUUAUGGUUUAAUAUACAAUGUGCUGCAUAAGUAUUUACCACCCCCCCCACACACACACUUCCACAUUUUGGAGCUGGAAUGGUUUCUAUGCCUAAUAAGGAUUAUCCGAUCAAGUUUCUCAUUAAAAAUAAACAGUUACCGUGCCCUAGGUUUUGCACUUCUACAAGACGGUUUAGCGCAGAUUCGACACCCCUGAUUUCCGACAUGCGAUAGUGUAAAGCCACCAGCGUACCUCCCAUUCAAACGGCUCUCCGAAGUGUCACACGCUGAAACGAUUGCGUAACGUUACAUUGGAAAACACACAAAAGUUUGGUUAUCUCUGAACAGUGUUGCUAUCAGGACAAAAACAUUCCCGGCUUUCCCCAUUAUCACCCAAUAGCAAUACACACAAUCUGACACUGACAUCAGGUAUCAGUCUGACACUGUACUCAUACUCGUAAAUGUUAUGUCAAACAAAACCCGAUGCUAACUUAAUGCAGCAUUUUAAAAAAAGAAAAAAAAAAAGGAAGUCCUUUGACAAUUUCAUGGCAACAAUAAACUAUCUGAACUCACUGACUGUUCCUUGUUAGUUCUAUGUUGUUUAAGUAUCACAGGUCAUAUUUUACUGAAAUGUUUAUGUUCCAUUUUAACUCGGUGAUAGUGAUGUUUGAUUUUGUUUAAAAAAAAAAAGAAAAAAGAAAGAAAGAUGAACAAUAAAAAAGAAGUGUCUUCAGUA